AUGAAUUCAGAUACAGUAACUACCAAGCUCACCCUGCCUAUGUCAGAAUGUCACUUUGUAUAUCAGCCCAAUACGUCACGCAAAAGGUCAAACCCAGAUGCUGAGAUGAUCACCAAAUAUCGGAAAAUCUCUUCGGGAUCCUCUAAAGUGACCCAAGAAGAUUCUAUGUAUCCGCCUACGAAAUUGAUUUAUCUCUCACUCACUAGGCGUCCAAGUCUCACAGAUGUCUCUGACGACGUCGAUGCGAAUCCUGGUGUUUACCUCUUCAAGCGUGGUGCAUUCAAAUUCAACAUGCGGCUGAUGUACAACCCGUUUGCCCCGUCGCAAGCUAGAGCAGGGUAUCUGUGGAAGAAAUCACAGACAUUCAUUGACGCUCUCAAGCAGGAUAGUAAUCGGCGAACUGAAGAACGAACUGCCAAACAAGUCGCAGAUCCUAGAGAUCUGGUGGUAAAUAUAUUGAAAGAGAAUGUGGAGCUCGAUCAGAAACAUUGGUAUGAUCCGACUCUAUCAUGGGUUACGAGCAAAAAGUCGGAAUUAGGUUUGACAGAUGAGGAUUUCUUGCUCGAAACUGUAUACACUCAAACCGAGUACGAGGAGCCUGAGCCAAUCACUAGGAUCCCAGACGAGUACAAACCGAGGAGCACACAAGAACUACUUGAAGAGCUAAAGACGUUCGCAGGGUUCACUUUGGCCGAUUUUCACGUUCCGUUGACAUCCUCGAAAGCACCAGUUGGCUCUAUACUAUGGCCAGUCAAUAGACCAUACAGUUUUUUUGCAACUGAUUCUUAUCCACAAGAAAAAGCUGAAUAUUGA